GACACCGUCCCCCCCAGCCUCUGGGCAGCCCCCAAGCUCCCUCUGCGCUGGGCUCCGGCCACCACUGCCCCGUGUGUGGCCAACACCUCGGUGUACAACAUCUCCGGCUUUGCUGAGCUGCCCGGCCACGUGCAGGAAUUCAUGUUGUACAAGCACUGCAGGUCCUUCCCGGCGCUGCUCGACGUCCCCGACAAGUGUGGGGGGCCUGAAGGGUCCUCCAACAUCUUCCUGCUCUUGGCCCUUAAGUCAUCACCCACAAACUACGAUCGGCGAGAGGUGAUCCGCAAAACCUGGGGGCAGGAGAGAACCUUCCAAGGAGCCCUCGUCCGCAGAGUCUUCCUCGUGGGAGUGUCCCCCAAUGCCCGGGAUGCCAAGAAGCUCAACCGUCUGCUGCGGCUGGAGCAGCGGGACUACGGGGACGUGCUGCAGUGGGACUUCAGGGACACCUUCUUCAACCUGACGCUGAAGCAGGUGCUCUUCCACGCCUGGCUGGAGGAGCGCUGCCCCGGCGUCCGCUUCGUUUUCAACGGGGAUGACGACGUCUUUGUCAACACGGACAACGUCGUCCACUUCGCCAUGGCCAGCCAAGGCACACGGCAGCAGCACCUCAUGGUGGGAUAUGUCCUUGCUAACACUGGACCCAUCCGCCAUCCGGGCAGCAAGUACUUUGUGCCGACGCAGCUGAUGCCCUCCAAACCUUUCUGCGUCGGUGGCGGGAUCCUGAUGUCCGGCUUCACCGCCCGCGUCAUCGCCCGGGAAUCGCAGGACAUCGAGCUCUUCCCCCUUGACGACGUCUACCUGGGCAUGUGCUUGGAGAAGGCGGGGCUGCCACCCGCUUCCCACGACGGCAUCCGCAUCGGUGGCGUGUUGGUGCCGCCCAACGCCGACCCCUUUGACCACUGUUACUACCGGGAGUUGCUGCUCGUGCCCCGCUUCCUGCCCUACGAGAUCCUGGUGAUGUGGGAGGCCAUCCACGAGCCCGGGCUGCUCUGCGGCAAGAAGGUGGGUGUCUUCUAG